UUUUGUUUGCUUUACGGCAGGCUGGGGUGUGUGCGUGUGUUUGUGCGCAACGUCCUAAACAGGUGUUUCGAGCCAUCCAAUCUGUGCCUUACCGAAUAACUUCGGAACCUUGUUGCUAAGUGCUUAUGGCAUGAAACAGUUCCUAUGACGGGGACGUACGGAUACAAACCUGCUCGUCGGAUAUACAGGCCGCGUUCCAGAGAAUCAAGGUUUCGCUGUUACGUGGUCGUGCGCCCGUGGACUUGAGCGCGGAUGCCAUAUAGGUUGCCCCCUUGGCGUUGCCGAGGCUCUACUGAUAAGAAGAAAUAAACUGUCGAAGUCUAGUGAUCAUAGAUAACGCGUGAUGCCUUGUGUCGACGCCGUCCAGGUAGAGCCGUAUCUGUGAGUUAGGAGCAGCGUUGGAUCGGAAUGGGUUGUCGACGAUCAUGCCUGCGCUGUCUUGCCCGGGUGCCCUUCGCCACCCUGGUGGCCACUGUCAUGUGCUGUGCGGGGGUGGCCAUCUUUCUUGGUGCUGUGUUGCGUGCAGUUGAUUCCACACUGCGCAUGUUGGAGGUUGUCUUUGAGCGCCGCUCUCCCUAUGGACCCUCUGAGCUGCGAGCAGCUGCUCUAGUGGCAGCGGCGCUGAUGGGCCUGCUGGAGCUGUGCCUGCUGUUGGUGGGCUGUCUGACGACAGGGCCCACGCGCGAGCGCCUGGGCAACCGGGCCCGUGUGGGAGGCCGGCUGUCCUGUGCACUGUUGCUGGCUCUGUCGUACCUGGCGCUGCUGGCAUGGAUUGUGCUGGCACUGUUCAUGGCCAUUUCAGCCCUCUUGUGCACUCUUGCCGGGGCCCUGUGCAACCAGCUCAGGCAGGAACAGCAGUGCCUGGACCUGAGGCAGUUUGAGUUUAUGGUGAGCCAAGAGACGACACCGUUGCGGCACACAGGCGAGCCACUGUUGCUGCUGUGUGGGGCGCAACGCAAGGAGUUCUGCAAAGACUGGGUGGAGCCCUCGGGCUUGCUCCUGUGGCUCGGAGCUGCGGCUGCACUUCUGGUGCUACUGGGCCUGGUGCAGCACCUCAUGUGCCUGGCGGCCAACUACGCGCACCUGCGCGACCAGCAGAAGCUGCUUGACCUGCAGCUGCUUCAGGACUUGCAGGACACCGAGAUGACCACACUCGGAUCUAAGGACCGCUUCUGAGCGACUACUUGCUGUGAUCCGCGUGCAUUGCUGCCUUCUUUACCUGUCAUAGUAGCUCAGUGGCUGUUACAUUCCAUCACUCGACAUGGGGUUGCGGGUAUAAUUUCCGGCCUUGGUGGCCACUCUCCAGGGGAAGAGGAAUGCAACAAAAUACCAAGGUUUCAGUGCACUUCAAAGGAGUAUUGACAUAUAUUUUCGAAGCUGUAGAAGCUCUAUCAUAUGCUUCUUGCACAUGAAAGGACAACAGUUGGCAAGUGUUAUGGUUAGAAACACAUAUUUUAAUUUGAUACUAAAGUUUAUCUCAAAAUACCAUCCUGGUGUCAUUGACAUUAUCAUGACACCGAGCAAAAUUUGUAGAUAUCAGGUAGCAGUAAGGUUAGGUAUGAUGACAUUGCUCAUAAAAACUUAAAUGAGAGUGCUGCAUAUGCGUGUUCUCGCAGUGCUUGCAUAGCACUUGUAGAAGCAGUUACAGUUGCGAAAAUGGGGCUAGCUAAUGUAUCGCAACACCAAGACGGCAUCUGCAUCCCGAGUACGGAAACUGAGACUGGUUCAUAGAAUACAAGUAUCCUAGUAAGUUAUUUAAGGCACUUUGACACUUGCCAGUAUUUUUUUCCAGGGUUUAGAAGGUUUUGACCUUCAUUUAAAGAAAAAAAAUGAAAUGGCGAGCUUGAAAAUGUCUUGUGAGUACUCCUCUUACAAGAGGAACCAAGUGGCUGAAUUAACCAUGGAGCUGUCCGAUGCAGUGUCCAUCAUAGCUGCUAGUGUACAUUUGGGUCAUGAAAAAAGGGAACAAUCAUUCAUUCAAUCAUAUCAGUCAAUCAUACUGCUUUUUACCUGUGAUCCACUCCCCUUCGUCUUCUGCCUCUUCCCGGUGUUGCGUUGCUUCCCUAUCAAUUGCAAAGCAAAAACGCAUCUGAGAGAAAGAACUGUUGGUUCCACUGUAAGUGUCCUACUAGCUAAUGUCGUACACAGAAAAGCAUGGAGGAAAAUGUUGAUGUGACGGAAUAGACUUAUCGCACCAGGCUUUCCAAUGUGCCACUAUCGUCACCAUACAACCUUCCAGUAGUUGUAAUCAUUACUAGUGACCUCAAUGGCAGCUGGGUUGUGUACGGGCACUAGGCUUACCGAGUGACAAGUUUUCCGGUGUUAUCUUUAAGUAAGUGCACAGACUUGACAACAAGGAGGAAUUGACCUCUCGAGUUGUUUGAAAAAUGCGUGCAUUAAAAAUGGUGCUAAAAAAAACUUACAUAUUCCACCAUUUGGUGUGUCUCAGCAUACAGCUUCCUAGCAUAUUGGCAAGUUUCCAAAAAUUAUCAGUACAGUGAAGCCUCGUUAAACCGUAGUUGGUUGAAGCUCGGAAAAAGUACGUACUAAACGGUAGUACUGCUUAACCGAAAUAAUACGAGAUCACCCACUUACCUGUCAGAUAUGGAACUCGGAGAGAGUGCGAUGAAAGGGGAAAAAGCAUGCAGUAUUUAUUCACUUCACGCGACAAAAGUGUUAUCUGUUUGAUGCCGCCGCGGCUAGCAGCGACGACAACAGCCUCAAACUUACUGAAGCUGCGAGCCAGCUUUACAGCCAGCCUCCUCUUUUUGGCAAGCACUUGCAUGGCAGAUUUCUUGUUGGCGUUGCAUAUUCUCUGUGCACGGGCAUGGUAGCGUGGCAGAAGUCGCGGGGCGCCUUUUUAAUUGCGGGGUGCUGUUCUCGUUGCGACUGUUGCAUUCAUGAGGCUGGCGUAACUCGCAGCUUCUGCCACUGUCGUGCCUAAAUCGCUUGUGCUGUCGCUUUCCGUGUCGUCCUCAUCACUGUCGCUAGGCGACACUUCGGCGACAACAGAGGCAACGAUGGCGAAAAGUCAAACCUCGUAGCCCACAUCUCUUUGUAGUCGCAGCAGCGCUGCCGAGCAACUUCUUUGCAUUCCAAAUGCCACACACCAUAGUCUACAGUAGAGCCCUGUCUUAUGCCAGCGCUGACUUCAUGUCAUGUUCGAUUGCAUGCACGAUGUCUAAUCUUUUUGCUAUGCUGAACACCCGGCGUCUUUUUUAUCCAAGCUUCGGCAUGACUCGAGUCCUUGCUUGCACGACGCAACACUGCUACGGCGCCGAAAUUAUGUUGAUGUGGCUUCACAUGCACACGCACAGGGUGAUUGGAGGCUGUUGUUCCAAUCUCUGAGGCUUGUUGUUCUGCCGCGCCGCCCGAUAGACAUGACGCACCGCGAUGUUUGCGUGAUGAAAAGUGGAAACACUAUGUGUUAACCGAUACGUAUGCAAUAAGCUGGUACGGUUUAUGCGGAUACAAAACGCAUUAUGUUCAAUGGCCGCUGAGUUGGGGAUUUGACUUUACUACUUUUAAAAUGAAACUACUGUUUAAGUGGGUACGGUUUAGUGAGGUUUUACUGUAUUGUUGUGCUGGCUCGAACCAUGCAUGUGAGCAGUGAACUUGCCGUAAUCAGUUCGUUGAUGGCUGGCAUCCGAUAGCUUGAAAACACAGGUGUCAUCAGUUGUGGUAGCACCCAUGGUGGUGAGAAACUGACCGGUGGCUUUGUUGUUUGUUUCUUUUCUUUUGCCACUAGAUGACACGAGAAUGCACCUAGUUUUCGUGACUUUGAUGAGUUGCUGCAUUUUAAUAAUUACCUGUAGAGCGGAACUUCUUGACCUUAUUGUUCAUUACUUCGUGCUCUUUAAUGGAAACCAUGUCUAGAACAUUGAGAUCAGACACACCACCAGUUAUGCUUUCAUAAGGCUACAUUUCAUCCUGUUUCCUUUCUUGCUUGAAGUUCCAUGUGUGUUUCACACAAACAUUACAAGAUGGCAGUCUGGAGCAUCGUGGGAAUGUCAAUCAGUCUUGAUCAAUGAGUCCCUUUAAUCUUUUCUGGGUUAGCCUAUUGUUUUUCCAAAUUGCAGCUUUUGUUCAGAGCAGUGGUUGUUCAACCUCAAGAACUGUAGUUCAGUUUAUCGCAGGAUUUCCUCUUGAUUACUUAAAUGAGCAUUGCUCUGUGUGUUUCUGUUAAAUGAUUUUAACAAAUGCAUUCAAUAGUGCAUCCUCCCAGCUCGUUUCAUUUUCUGCUUGUAUCAGUUUCAGUACUUCAGCCAAGGCAGUGGAUAACAUUAAAGGUUCUGAUAUUGUCAAGAUACAGUGGAAAAACAAAGUUGGUAUGCCAAAAAGUUUGACUCGACUCAGCAAUGACAUUACAACCAAGUGGUUGUACUUGACUUUUAUAAAGUAAGGCUGCCAUGUGCACCACUUGUGUAAGCUGCAAAGAAAAUUUUAUAACCAUUGAAAACCAGCAUGGUGGGAAUUUUCGUCACUUGUAUUUCAUUUAUUCUAGUUAUAUUUAGUGAUGGCACAAGCAGGUUAAUCAUCCGCAUGUAACUCACCAAGCUGAUUUUGCAGUACUUCGCUAUCAUUUUUUAUCACUUUCUCGAAGAAGGUGUGUCGUCUAAACAGUUUGCAUACACAAUUCUAGUGGCGUUUGUGUGAAAACCUCGACAGCAAAUGUUUGAAUCUUCAUACCAAGGCUACAUUAUUAUAGCAUUUCUUUUGUACGUUCCUGAGUGUGUAAUGUAUAAUGGUAAGCCACAUUUACAGGUGGAAGUUGCGAAAAAAAAAUUUUUUUUUCUGGUGUUAUCGAUUGGUGGUGAGGUUCCAUGUUUCACAUUUCUUUUUGUAAUCUCUGGCUCCCUUAUUGUCAACAUGGGCAACAUUUUUGAAAGUGCCCAUUUCAAAGAACAUGUGCUGUUGUUUCAUUUUGUGAUCCAGAUUUAUUUUGAACCUAUUUUAUUGAGAUAUAAUCAAUAUUUAAGCAGUUAAAACCACUCAAAUGAUUUCAGGUGUGCUUAAAAAGACUGCUUCAUUGCAGCUAUCCUCACAUUGCUGGUGUGCAUUUAUAAAUUUCAACACCUCUGCCCAGUCAGUGAGUAAGCUAAUAGCAUACAUAAGAGUCCUUUUUAUGAUCUGUAGUAGCAGCAACUUGCAUAACAGAUUAUUACUUUCAAGUAGUCCCGAUGGCUUGUUUUGCUUUCUGUAGUAGGAAAUCAAGGUCUACAAUGUAUAUUAACCAGCUGGCAACGAGUUCAUGACAGUAAUGGUGCUUUAAAGGGGCACUAAAGGCAUGUAUUAAGUCGACGUGGACUGUUUAAACACCAUUCCAGAAACUUCGCAACACUUGUUUCGUGUCAAGAAAAGACUUAGUUUACGAGAAAAUUUUAUCUUAAGGGUCCGAAUACCUUUGGCGGAAUUAAAAUCUCCUGCCACCCAACGGGGGAGUGGCGACAUUACAUACACUAUCACCGCCCUUUGCUGCCAUCGGUGAGUAAAACGGCACCUGACAGACAGCGGUAUGUUUUUUUGCACAAAAUGCAAACGCGCGGCCAUAGAGAAACUGAGCCAAGACAGAGCGGCGGAUUCACCGCUGCAGCUGCUUUUGGUCAAGUGGCGGUGACCGUUUGGGCAUCCCAUGAGAUCACGUGCAAGUGGAAUUCUCUGCUACUUGCAGUUUGUGCGAGCUUUGCCAGCCAGCAAAACCACUGCAGCACUAUGCAAUAAUAAAAUUGCUGAUAGGCGAAAGCGUGGGCAGCGCAGAGUCGAGCGAAAAUGAAAGCUUUCGACCGCCCGCAUCGUUGUCAAGGGGAUGGAGUUUUUUUUCUUUCUAAAACUGAACUAGAGCUGGAGAGGUAAAAUUUUAUUUUGUCUUAUGAUGCAAUACAAUGAUGUUUUUAUAACAAGUGGCUGAGUACUAGUGACAGAAUUCAAAUGAGGAGUGCCUUUGUCAUCGGGCAAGUACUUGAAUGUCCUGCGGAAGUCUCUAAUCAUGUCCUGCAUUUAGCUGAAUUUCUCAAUUACUAAGGCUUUUUUCACGAUAAUAUUGAUGCCUUAGAAAUUGUCGAGCACUAAUCUAUUACCUUAGCUUGACUUAAUAUUUGCCUUUAGUGUCCCUUUAACGUGACAGAGAAAGUUUGCGUUCAUAUGAUGCACGGUUCCAAGACAGUUAUGAAAUAAUUGCAACUGCAUGAUCUCCUGUUUGAGUUUAGUGCGCAUGCUUCUAAGAGACGAGAUUGCCCAUCAGUUAUGCAUGCUUUUUGAGUUUCCAGCUCAUAUGAGUAGUAGGUACUUGCAGCUAGCUUAUUGUAAAGUGAUUAUACUCAAAUGGGAUACAGUGCAAAGGAAGACAUGUGACCCAGCGUACUCUAAAUGUCUCACAUUGGUGUGGCAGCAACACCUCGUCAAGUGUGACAAAGAACAUUUUCAGAAUCGCUUAGAUGUGAUUAAAAGAUAAAGCUCAAAAGACAAAGCAAGCACAGGUGUGCAGCGAUACAAUGUUGGAUUGUUCUAUCCCAUCCUGGUGUAGUGUACAGCUGAAGGUUUUAUGCAGCAAAAUCUAGCGGUGCUUUUAUGUGUGAAAGUGCGGAUGUUAGCCAUUGUACGUUAACGUCUGUGAUUUCUUGUGGUUAGUACUUAAGCAAGGCUCAUUCACACUCUGACAUGCUUGAUGUGCUUGGUGCCGGCGCCCAAAUCCAAAUAAACUGCUGCUAGCGUCAUAAAUUUUAUUCUCUCUAUAUAUAUACACACUGUGUUGUGCACACUGAGGAAGGAAAUAAACUAGGAGGGAAAAUGAUGUCACACUGCCAGCCUUCACAAGGUAGCUCUCCGUGAAGCCGUCGCACAUAUUUAGCGGGCCCAACGUGUGACUUUUGAGUCUCGGCAUUACUUGGUGAAUUCGGCCCAGUAUGUUUGGUUUCAGCUAGGCUUUUGUCAAUAUAUACUUUCUGGGAUGCUAUGUGAACUGCUUUGCACACAUUUUCUUGCAAUAUACUUGUGCAACUUCAGUCAUUUUUUGCAGCGAAUACAGUUAUCUCCUUCGGUGCUGCAAGUGUGGCUGCCACUGAUUGCUGUGCAGCAGCCACGGUCUUCUCAGAAAAGCGCAAGCUGAGCAAAACAGUGAGUCGCUAAAACGUACUGCGACAUGGGCUGACCUUUUUUGGCUUCUAAUUUCAUCACAUGACAAUCCAUCCUAGUCUUCCUUCCUCCAUGGUUGCACACAUAUCGUGUUAAGCUGGCACUCUUUUUCCACUGUCUCACUGCAAUCCAUUGGGUGCUGGCACCGGGCAUGUCCAACACAUUGGGGCAAUAAUGAGACGACUCUUGGUGAAUGAUCUUGCCCUUUUUAUUUUUUGUUUAUAUACAUUUAGUGCGUCUUCAGGCCAUUCCACACUAGGUAGGUUUCGAAAGAGGUGCGAUUCUGUUUCAGUGUAUGGAGUGGCAAAUAAUGCCUGUGUCUUUCCGUCCAAGGAACCUCUGCUUCGUAGCAGAGAGUUGCCAAGUGUGAUGUAGCAUUUAUUUUUAUUGUUCGUAUCCCCCACCUUACCCCCUUUAAAGCCAAUAAAAUGGCAGGCUGUGGUUUAUUUACAAAAAUCUA